GCGGGUCACGUGACCCGGCGUCAUCCCGGAAGUAGCGAGGGUUCCGGUGCGCCCGCGGUGCCGAUGGCGGACUAAAAAUGUUGUUUGUGCUCCUCGUAUUGCUUCUUUGUCUUCCUCCGCCCGCCUGCCGGGCGCUCAACUACCUCUACUGCUCCUUCUCCGACAACUGCGACUGUGACUUCCGGCCAAACGUCAAAGCAGAGCUGGAGUGGGACCUCUACAAGAAUGUUUACGGCCAACAUCUGGCUCAGGACAUCAUCUCCGAGGAGGUGGUCCGGUUCCUUCAGAAUAAAAGCCCGGAAAAGCCCCUGGUUCUGUCCUUCCACGGCUCCUCCGGGACCGGGAAGACGCUGGUCAGCUCCAUGCUGGGGAGCCACUUGUACGGCUCGGCCAUGAGCAGCCCGUACGUGCACCGCUUCAUCCCCGCGCUGCAUUUCCCCUCCGCCGGCCAGGUGGACCAGUACCGGGUGCAGCUGAAGAACUGGGUCCAGGGGAACCUGACGGCGUGCGCUCGCUCCGUCUUCAUUUUCGACGAGAUGGAGAGAAUGCCGCGCGGACUCGUCGACGUCCUGGAACCCUUUCUGGGUCCCUCGCACGUGGUCUUCGGCACCAACUACCGCAAGGCCUUGUACGUCUUCAUCAGGUCAGCGCCGAUCCCGGUCCUCGGCGAGGACGUGGUCAACAGAGUGGCCCUGGAACACCGCCGGGCGGGACGCGACCGAGAGGAGAUCACGUCGUCCGACCUGCAGGACGCCAUCGCUCAGGCCGUCUACGACAACAACUCCAGCGGCCUCUUCCAGUCGUCCAUCAUCCGGCAGAAGCUCAUCACGUCCUUCGUGCCCUUCCUGCCGCUGAGCCGCUGCCACGUGGAGCGCUGUGUGCGCUCGCAGCUCUGCCAGCUCGGCGCCUGCCAGCGCAGUGACGUGGUGCAGGCGGUAGGGGGCGACAUGACGUACACGCCGGCGCCGGGACACUUCUUCUCGGCCACCGGCUGCAAGAGCAUCACCGCCAAAAUCAACCUUUUCCUCUGACCCUCAGCCAAAGUCUAGUGGACCAGAAGCUGUCCGGCAAGGACCUCCAAGUCCAACCUGUUGGAAGAAACUCCACCAGUUCCCAAAGGUCCCAUCACUUGAAGGAGUUUUUGGCGAUCCAAACUCAGAAGGACCCCGUGAAACUUCACCAGUUUCCAAAGUUCCCAUUGGAUCCACUUGAAGGAGUUUUUGUCGAUCCAAACUCAGAAGGACUACGUGAAAAAAACCUCUAACGGGAGAAACUCCACCAGUUUCCAAAGUUCCCAUUGGAUCCACUUGAAGGGGUUUUUGUCGAUCCAAACUCAGAAGGACUACGUGAAAAAAACCUCUAACGGGAGAAACUCCACCAGUUUCCAAAGUUCCCAUUGGAUCCACUUGAAGGGGUUUUUGUCGAUCCAAACUCGGAAGGACCACGUGAAAAAAACCUCAACCAUGGGAGAAACUCCACCAGUUCCCAAAGUUCCCAAUAGAUCCACUUGAAGGAGUUUUUGUCGAUCCAAACUCGGAAGGACCACGUGAAAAAACCUCAACCAUGGGAGAAACUCCACCAGUUCCAAAAAUUCCCAUUGGAUCCACUUUAAGGGGUUUUUGUCGGUCCAAACUCGGAAGGACCACGUGAAAAAACCUCAACCAUGGGAGAAACUCCACCAGUUCCAAAAAUUCCCAUUGGAUCCACUUUAAGGGGUUUUUGUCGGUCCAAACUCGGAAGGACCACGUGAAAAAAACCUCAACCAUGGGAGAAACUCCACCAGUUCCAAAAAUUCCCAUUGGAUCCACUUUAAGGGGUUUUUGUCGAUCCAAACUCGGAAGGACCACAUGAAAAAACCUCCACCUUGGGAGCAACUCCACCAGUUUCCAAAGUUCCCAAUGGAUCCACUUGAAGGGGUUUUUGUCGAUCCAAACUCGGAAGGACCACGUAAAAAAAACUCCACCUUGGGAGACACUCCACCAGUUCCCAAAGUUCCCAUUGGAUCCACUUGAAGGGGUUUUGGUCGAUCCAAACUCAGAAGGACCCCGUGAAAACACCUCUAACAGAGGAGAAACUUCACCAGUUCCAAAAGUUCCCAUUGGAUCCACUUGAAGGAGUUUUUAUUGAUCCAAACUCUGAAGGACCACAUUAGGAACCUCUACCAGAAUUUCAUCGUCUUUUAAGGACUUUCUGAUCUAAAAGGAAAAUCAGAAUGACUAUUUUUUUUAACCAAACUAGCAGCAGGAUAAACUGAAAGGGGGUGUAGUUCGCAUCCUUCACCAGCAGAGGCCGCCACAGACUGAAGGUGGUGACUGACGUCUGAACUUCAGAACAAGAUUUUGUCCUCAUUUUUAAACUUUGCCUUCAUGUCUUGUUUUUGUUGCCAUUUCAGAACCACAUCACAACUGCUACCUGCUCAAUAAACUCAGAAAAGUAUUUUUUAAAGCACUAAAUAUUCAAUGUUUCAUGCAAAACUUGGAUAAAAUACAACAGUACACUUCAGUAAGUA